AAUUAAUGAAUAUUGUGACAUUUCCCUACAAGUUAAAAUGCCAAUCAUUCGAGAAUUGAAUGUAGAUUUUCCACACAAUCCGUAUGACGUCCAAACACUCUUCAUGGAAAAAGUGAUUGAUGGGAUAAAUAAUUCCCAAAAUUGUGUCCUUGAAUCUCCCACAGGCACCGGUAAGACUCUGAGCCUAUUGUGCUCUAUGUACGAUUUUCGUCGCCAGUGUGAAUCAACCAAUGAGAUUCCCAGCGAUUUGCCGUUUUCAUCAAAAAUUAUAUUCACAUCGAGAACACACUCUCAGCUGAAACAAGCCAUGGCCGAACUGAAUUGUACCAGUUACAAAACAAUGAAAUCGGCAAUAUUGGGAAGUCGGUGCCAACUAUGCAUCAAUGACGAGGCUCUAGCCACCAGCGAAAACAUUCAUUCGAUGUGUAAAUCACUUAAUAAGGCCAACAAGUGCGAGUUUUAUAAUCGCUUUAAAACAUUGAAAAUGGACGAAAACUUCAUGACAACGGAAUUGUCAGGAAACGUUAUGGACAUUGAGGAUCUGGUGUCGUUGGGCAAGGCAAAGGGGUUCUGUCCAUAUUUUAUGUCGCGUCAUAUGGCUGAAGGUGCGGAUGUGGUCUUUUCUCCCUAUAAUUAUAUAAUAGAUGAAAGGAUCCGAACUUGCAAUGAAGCAAGGAUGCUAUUAAACGCAACUGUAAUAAUGGAUGAAGCUCAUAAUAUUCCAGAAUUUUGCGAAAACAUUGCGUCGAUUGAAUUCAACUCGGAUGAUAUUUUGGCGAUAUUGGAUGAUGUUCAACGCGUCAUUGCGUUGAUUGGGUUUCAUGAAGCAGCCAGUAUAAUUGUUCUGAUCGAAAAAAUUAUCGAUUUCCUGGCAGACAUUCGCCGUUUGUGGCAGUGCGGCGCUGGUUUGCGGAAAUUCAAGGAAAUUUUGUGGAUACCGUUUUCGGACAGCGGAGAUGCAUUCGUCAAGGACGUGAAGCAACACUACAGGUUCGGGGCGAAAUACAUUCGCUCAUUGGGACGAACUAUACUGAAUCUUUGCAAUGUGAUCCCGGAUGGCGUUCUCAUAUUUUUCCCGUCAUACAAAGUACUCGAACUAUGCAAAGAUAGCUGGCAGGCCAGUGGUAUCUGGUCUCAAAUUCACGACAUCAAACCAAUUAUCAUCGAACCAAGAACGAAAGCUGAAUAUUUGGUCGCAAUGGAAAACUAUUACGCGAAUGUUGAUGACCAGCGUACAAAUGGAGCUAUUUUGAUCGGGGUGUGUCGUGGAAAAGUGGCCGAGGGUUUGGAUUUUGCGGAUAAUUAUGGCAGAGCAGUGAUAAUCACCGGAAUACCUAACCCACCGUGGAAGGAGCCAAAAAUUCGAAUGAAAAUGAAAUAUUUGGAUGACAUCGGAAGCGAAACGAGAGGAAAAGUGUGGUAUAAUCAACAGGCUUCCCGAGCAGUAAACCAAGCUGUUGGUCGCAUUAUACGGCACAGAAACGAUUUCGGUGCGAUUUUACUGUUAGAUUGCCGGUUUGUUAGACAUUCCGGUUGGUCCGGAUGGCUACAGCAACAUAUGAAUCGGUGCAAUACAUUUAAAAGGUUUGGCUCCACAAAUGCAGGAAUCGCCCAAUUUUUCGAGCGAAAUGAAUCGCCACCAAACGCAGCUGAUCGAGAGAUGGACACAACGGAAACACCUAGUGCACCGGUUAUGUCACUGAUAGAGUACAAUUUAUUGUACGAAAAUGAAUUGUGA